AUGACAAAAAGAGUGGCAGUGAAAGUCCUGGAUAAGGAGUGUCUGAGCAAACACACCCAAGCUCUCUUUGCCUCUGAGAUUACCUGCAUGGAGAGGCUCUCCCAUCCCAAUAUAGUGCGCCUGUAUGAGGUGGUUGAAACUUUCAACCGGCUUUUCCUGGUGAUGGAGUAUGCCAGCGGAGGAGAACUCUUCUCCAGGAUCACCAACAGGGGACGCCUGUCAGAUCUUGAGAGCAAGCUGGUGUUUUCACAGGUUCUCUCAGCAGUCAAGCACAUGCAUGAUAAUAACAUUGUCCACAGGGACCUGAAGGCUGAGAAUGUGUUCUACACCCACACCUACUGCAUUAAAGUAGGGGACUUUGGUUUUAGCACAUGUUGCUGCUCCAGUGAUAUACUUCACACAUUCUGUGGCUCUCCCCCUUAUGCAGCCCCGGAGCUUUUCAAAGAGAAAGGCUACAUUGGACAUUAUGCAGACACCUGGGCUCUGGGUAUUUUGCUUUACUUUAUGGCAACAGCCACGAUGCCUUUUAAAGCAGCCACAACUACCAGGCUGAAGAUUUGCAUCCUGCAGGGUGCUUAUGCCAUUCCUUCAUAUGUUCCCCAGUCCUGCCAGGAGAUCAUAAAGGGUCUCCUGAGGCCAGUUCCCGUAGACCGUCUCACCUUGGCGCAGAUAAUGAAGAGCGACUGGAUGGCAGGCAUCGAGUAUCCUCAGGCCUACCCGACUUCCAGACCUACUCUGUCGCACCUGGUCGAGCCGAACUGCGUCCUUACCUCAGAUGAGCUGAGCGUAAAAGUGGCCCUGGAGGAUCUUGGCAUCAGUGCGGUUCAUCUGCUCAACAACAGUCUCGACCUGAGAAGCCCCAUCACCGGGGCUUAUCGGAUCAUGUUGCAUCGAAUCCAGAAGAGGAGAUUGAUAGAGCCUGCGGGUUACAGUAGAACACGCACGAGUGAGUCCCUGAACAGACUAAGAUGGAAAGCUGGUUCAGAGGGCCUUCUUUACAAGCGCCACUCUGUGGUCUGUGUCAUCAUGUAGCUUAGUCUUUCUUUUUGAAGAUAUACUCAUUUGGGAGAUAUUCUUGUUUGUGCUUCCAGUCUGAGAUGAAGGGGAUGGCCCCAACUUGCAUUUUUCUGGGAAUGUGAAUCACCUCUUAGAUGCAUUUACUGUAACUUUAUCCUCUUGUUAAAAAAUGUCCCCACACUUUAAUUCAAGCACAAGUCUUCUGGCAAUAGCAUGAGGUUUCUGAAAGGACAGAACAUGAUUUUGUAUGUAAUGAUUGUUUCUGAAAAUGCACACAGUGGCAUUCUCCAUGAACAUACUUGGCCUCCUUUUUGUCCGCUAAAACAACAUCCAACGUUUCUGUAACUGGAGCUACACUUAAAUCAGCUAAGCGUGAAAGAAAUUUAUUGAAUGUUGUCAGUGACCCUCUUCAUAUUUCUCCUUUUGUAAGAUUAAGGGAAUUUUAAAAAGUCAAAAGAAGACAGUUUCUUUAUUCAUAGAUUAAUGAAUCCACCCAGCCAUGCAUUUUCCAUACCUGCAUCAUCCUGUCCAGGGUUGCAGAGUUGUCUGUCUUUCAGCAAAACCAUGAGCUCAGUUUGAAAAAUGCACUCUCCUCCAAACGUUUUGGAAUAGUUAGGCCAAUUUCUGUUCCAGGUGACUGCAAACAUUUGGGUUUGACAUCAAAACAUUCAGACACACAGGAUGUUUUUAACGAAUAAGUGGCCUGUUUAAGGUCAUGUCACCGCAUUGUGAUUGGAUUUAAGUCCAGACUUUGACUUGGCCACUCCAAGACCUUCAUUUGGUUUUUUUUAUUUGUUUCUUGAGCCAUUCAGAGGUAGACUUGCUGGUGUAUUGUGGAUUAGUUUCCAGCUGCAUAAUUCAAAUAUGCUUGACCUUAAGAUCACAAACUGAAGGCUGUUCCUUCUCCUUCAUGAUUUUUUGCAACAGAGCAGAAUUCAUGGUUCCAAAUUUAGCCAGUUGUCCCAAUCCUGAAGCAGCAAAACAGCCCUAGUUUGCAUAGCAUCACUAUCACCACCAUGUUUGACAUUAUGGACAAUGUAAUUGUUUUGAACUGUUGUGCUAGUUUUAGGCCAGAUGUAAUGGGACACACACCAUCCAAAACAUUCAGCUUUUGUCUCAUCAGUCCUCAUAAUCUUUUCCCAACAGUCUUGUGAAUCUUCACAAUGUUUUUUGGCAAAUGUGAGGUUUAUAUCGGAAAGCAAUGGUUUUUGCUCUCAAAGGGAUGCUAUUUAUUUUCUGUGUCUUUAAUGUCAUGCUCAUGAAUUAAUCAUAAACACUGACCUUAAAAAAGGCAGGCUGUAGAGCUUUAGAUGAUGCUUUCGGUUCUUUUGUGAACUCCUAUAUGAGUUGUCGAUCCAAUCUUGGAUUAUCUUGGUAAUUCAGGCAUUUCUGGAAAGGUUCAUAGCAUUGUUCCAAGUUUCCUUGUGAACAAUGGCUCUGAUUGUGGUUCUCUGGCUGUCCCAAAGUCUUCAAAAUUGCUUUGUAACCCUUUCUGACUGAUGGAUGUCAGUGACUUUGUUUCUUAUCUGUUCUUGAUUUGCUUUUAAUUGGGACAUGAUGUGGUGCUUUUGGAGAUCUUUUAGCCUGUAUUUAGCCGACUCAGACACGUCCCAAACAGGUCUGGCAGUAUUCACGUCUGGGUGUUGCUUGUGAAAUUUAACCAUAAACACAAAUGAUUCAUGUUUUAACUUGUGAGGGGGUCAACUACACUUUCACAUAGGAUCAGGGUGAUUUGGAACGCUUUUUUCUUUAAUAAUUGAAAUAUGCUUUUGAAAACAGUUGUUUGUAUUUAUGGAGAGUGUCCUCUGAUAAUAAAAUCAGUUUGAUGAUCUGGAAGAUUUAAGGAUGACAGAAACACAAAAACAGAAGAAAUCUGAAAAUAAAUGUUUAUCUCUUGUGUCAUAUUCAUCACAUAUCAAACCCAAUUGUUUACUGUUUACAGCAAAUAAAGAAAUCGGCAUCACUGCUCCAAAGGAGGGGAAUGUGCGUAUUUUGAUCCUGUAUGACUUUAUGCAAGGUUAGAUGUUAAAGAAACCCAGAAACUGAAAGCUGGUAAAAUUAUGCUGUAUAAUAUUGUUAAUGUCAGUGGAUUUGAUCACUUUGGAUAACAUUAGCAUUUUAAGUGUUAAGUAGCUUACUCAAGCUAAUGCUAGCUAUGUUCAGCAUAGACAGUUUGACCAAAAAAAUUGGAAAUAAAGUUAAAACAGACAAGAAAUAUUUUAAAUAAUGUUAAAUACCAAGUGAGAAUGUUGUCAAUAA